AUGAAGAAGUCAUCUUCAAAGAGCGCCAAAGACCUGUCUAAUCUUCCAGAGGCAUGGCAUCGGCAUUACACGGACCAGGAGAGGCGGAUCCUCGUUCAGCUCGUCCUAGAUCGUAUCGACAUCAUAGAGCAGAACAUGAAGGACCAGUAUACUUUAGAAUGCAAGCAGAAGGCAUGGACCGAGGUCGUCCAGCGAUUCAACGCCGACGUGCGAUGCAACCAUCAGCGUGACAUCAGGCAGAUCAAGAAAUUCUGGGACAACAUCAAGACCAGGGCUAAGCGGAUGGUGACGGACCAACGGCUUCAGAAGACCAUGAGUGGCGAACUCUCGGCUGCGACGUCAGCGGCUCCGUUGUUAUCCGAAGAUGGAACCGACUUGGACGCCCUGGCUGAAGACUCGAUUGCAGAGAAGGUCAUAUACUUCAUGAAAUUUACUGCAUGCCAACAUCAUACGACUCAGAUGAGCAAUAAUUCCUUUGAAGGUGAUGACGACGAGGAGGAAGAAAAUAUGCAAAUUUAUACAGAAUCAGAGUAUGAAUCGAUGGUUAGGUCGGAAGGAGAUGUGAUUGUAUGCGAUGAUGAGCCACAGUCAGGUCCACCAGCACCAAAGCGUUACGUUCUCGAAUCUCGAUCAUUCAGAGAUCCCCCACUUCCCUUCCCGGGCCCGGCGGCCGAAACUUCCGAGUUCAUGGGUACGGGAGGCUACAUGGAGCAAAGUAGGGACUCCUCGAGCAGCAUACAGGUCACUGCAUCCAGUCAGCACGAAGUGGCGCAACCAUCCUUUUCUGGACACCAACAUUCUACCUCAGCGCCGGCCAACGGUACCGCAUCACGCGUAACUAUGGCAACAAAUUCCGUGACCACGCCCAGUUACGAUGGCGGUUGGGUUGUGGAAAAUUCGGUGAACUCGAAUGGAAGCAGGUCGGGUCCUUCUGCUACUGCUGCCGCAAAGAGCUCGCCUAGAGGGAAUCGUCAGACCAUCAAAAAAUUGAGGAAAGAGGAGUAUGAGUUGAGAAUCAGGAAACUUCGGUUAGAUGUGAAGUAUGCCCGCAUCGAGCAUGAUGAGCGAUUAAUGGUCAUACGGGCCCAACGAGAACUGCUUGACUCUCUGAAACCGAAUCCUUUAAGUAUUAUCAGUUCACUUUUUAAAUGAUUUAACUUUGGGGAAAGACGAUCUCUGCAGUUUACACCAACGAACCAAAUAAAACUGGACUUGUAUUAGACACGAAUUAGGAUUUCACGAACAUUGUAAAAUCACAGCUCAUACUUAUCUGUUAAGAGAUUAUGAAACAUAUCAUUAUUGUUUCGUCAUCUUUGGAGUACUUGACUACUGAAAUUUGCAUUCAACAUGUCUGACCAUGUGGUGAGUAGUAAUGCGAUUGGUCCAAAUCAAUCGCAUGUCCUCCAAUCAAUCGCAAGUUUGCAGGCUCCUAUCUCUCAUAGAAUUAUGCAUAGUAGCGAUUAAUAUCAACUCUUUAUAAGACGGGGCCCAGCUCAAUUUGUUAGACAUGAUUUGUAUGUCUUUGAUCUUUACUAAUCUAAUUACAACUGUAAAUGCAUUACGGUAGUUUAAUUCAUUUUUUACGUCUAUAUUAUCUAUGUUGCGUCGGUGCUUUGAGUCAUUUGACAGUAUGAUAUUACUAAAGACUCGAUUGGCCCGAAUUCACAAACUUUGUAAGGAGGUUUGUUGACAAACCUAGGUUUGUGUGCGUCAUAUGACGCGUUUCGAUGUGUUACAAACCAUGUUCAGACAAACUGAAACGCGUCAUGACGCACACAAACCUCCUUUGUGAAUUCGCGCCAUUGAGUGUGUAAAAGCGGUCUAAAGCAAAAUCUCAAGAAAAUGUUAAUAUGUGAUAGACAACUU